GGCAGCCGCCGCAGUCGGUCGGUCGUCUCUCGCCGAGUAAGCGCGCGACUCUCUCUUUGCAGCUACACACCUGGCCAGUGCGCUCGCAGUCCAGCAGUGCCCGUUCGUCUCGCCAGCGCGUCUGAUCUUCCGCGGGACUUUUCUACUGCGGACGCACACUCGCUCUUUACCAAGGAAAAACAAAAAGAGCUGCGGAGGAGAAUCGGAAGAGCGCGUCGAUGCUGUGAUGAGGAGAUCGGCAGCGCCGGACAUGGAAGCCGGAAGAGAAACCAAGACGAGCGGAUAGUGGCGAAUCGCACACACACGCACGCGCACACACACACACACACAGUGUCUUUACACGCAGCGUGGAGAAAGAUAUAGGCAUACCUGUACGCUAUAGACAGAGCUGCGCGCCCGAGGCUGUCCCGUUGCGAAAGUGAUUCGGAUCGUAUAUUUGGAAGUUUUCUCUGCAGUGCGCGGUGCUUCCCGUACGAGAACUCUGAGCGACUAGUGGACAAGAAGAGGAAGAAGUCGGUUCGUUUACGCGCAGUGAGAGGAGGAGGGAAACAUUUCGCCGGCUGGUAGUGCGCCAAACGAUGGAGAAUUGAGAGACUUCGACGCCCGAGCAGAUGCAUGAGAUGAUCGGCAAAGUCGUGCUCGGCCUCUGGAUCGUACACUUGUCGAGUUUCAUUGUAAAUAAUGUCGGAGUGGCAAGCGCGCUCAGACCGAUCGACGAGUCGCUGGACGAGAUCCACGACGCGGAGAUCUUCCAGGCGGUGGUGACGUCUAUGAACGAGUGGGAGAGGAAGCGCCGUGGAAGUCAUCGUCACAAGCGCGAAGUGUCCCGAGUCUGCUACGAGGAUGUCGGCUGUUUCGAGGACACCGGGCCCUUCAGCUACCUCGAGAUGCUCCCGUCGCCGCCCAAAGACGUCGGCACGAGAUUCUUCGUGUACGGCAGUCGCAAGGCGCGCUCCAUCCCGAUGGAGGUGCCGGCGGAGAGCAUCAGCGAGAAGGCGAACAACGCGAUAGAUCCGGACCUGCCCACCAAAGUCCUGGUCCACGGAUUCGGCUCGAGCUGCGACCACGUCUGGGUCUACGAGAUGCGCUCGGCUCUCAUGGCCGUGAUCGAGUGCAACAUAGUUUGCGUCGACUGGGGUCCUGGUAGCGCGGUACCGAACUACGUUAGAGCCGCUGCCAACACUAGGCUGGUCGGAAGACAGUUGGCCAAACUCGUGAGGAGCCUCAAUGUUCCUCUCGAGAACAUCCACAUGAUCGGCUUCAGUCUCGGCGCUCACGUGGCUGGAUUCGCCGGAGCCGAGCUCGGAAAUGUUUCCAGGAUCACUGGUCUCGAUCCAGCGGGUCCGCUGUUCGAGGCACAGGACCCUCGGGCUCGUCUCGACGAAACGGACGCCCAGUUCGUCGACGUGAUCCACAGCAACGGAGAACAGCUGAUUCUCGGAGGGCUCGGCUCUUGGCAGCCCAUGGGCGACGUCGACUUUUACCCCAACGGUGGCAAGAUGCAGAGCGGCUGUUCCAAUCUGUUCGUCGGGGCCGUCAGCGAUAUCAUCUGGUCGAGCCCGGUGGAAGGCCGAUCGCUGUGCAACCACCGUCGCGCCUACAAGCUCUUCACGGACUCGAUAAGCCCGAAAUGCCGUUUCCCGGCGUUCCCCUGCGAGCUUGGCUACGACGGUCUGAUCAAAGGCCAGUGCUUCCCUUGCGGCACCCACCCGGGAGCUCCUUGCGGCCACAUGGGCUUCUACAGCGACCAAUCGCCGGCCAGAGGUCAGCUGUACCUGGUGACGCGAGACGAGGAGCCGUUCUGUGCCCAUCAGUAUCAGGUGAAGGUGUACAACAGCAGGCACGAGAGGCCCGUGAAGAGUUACGGUAAACUCCAAGUGACACUGAUAGCCGGAGGCUCGAUCAACGAGACCUUCACCAUGACGAAGAAGGAUGACGAGGAGCUGCUCGUUGGCGCCAUACUUCAGAAGAUAGUGGUCCCGCACCCGACCCUCUCCAAACUCGAUGCCAUAGAGGUGAAGUACACGGCGUACAGCGGCUGGAUAUCCUCGGGCCUGGUUUCCUGGUCGGUGGACAAGAUCGCCGUGCUGGACAGCUACGGAACCAUGUUCUCCAUCUGCAAACGCGGUCUAGCCCUCGAGUCAGGUAAAUCGGUGUACCUGCCGUUGUACCAGGGCGACUGCACCGUGCCACCGGACAACGACGAUCAGGAGGAUGACGAGCUGCCGGACCAUCAGCCACAGCCUUCCAAGGACGAUGCUAAGCAACCACCGAGUAUCGGACCGUUCACGAGAGACCAGAACUACGACAGAAACAGCGGAAAGGACGGUUUCACCAACGAGCUCCCGCAAAAGGGUCUGGGUCCGUUCACGAAGGAGGAAAACAUCAAGAUCGCUAAGGCCGAGCAGGAGAAGCUGGCAGCGGCGAAGGAGUACAGCGACAACUCGAGCAAACAAACCAGUUACCAGAGCGUCUCGAGUCCUUGGGCGAUAGCCGCGCUGGCGAACGACGGAAGCAUCAACUCGAACUCGGUGGAGAACAACGUCGGCGAGUUCGCCGAACGCGGUCGAGGUUUCUCCUCGGGCAGUGCUUCCUUGGGCCUCGACCGUAAUGGCAUCCUCCAGGUGAUCACCAUUACCUCGACCUCCACCACCGACAACCCCUCGUCUCCCAACGCCGAGACCCACGAACCGGUGCUCCGUCUUGGAAACCCCGGCGGAGGCAAAAAGGAAACCGGCCGAUCGCUGAAGCUGCCGGAGAUCACCGAGCCGGUGCUCAGACCCAGGGGUACCAGGCAGGACUCCUCGUCCACGAUGAACUUCAGCUCGAGGAACGGCGGAACUGGCGACCAGCAGAUGGAGGAUAGGAAUAGCAAGCAGGAGAUGCUGGAGGAGUCGCCCAGCUCGAGAGGCUUCACCGUGCAGUUCUUGCCGGAGAGACUGGCUGGGAUACUGGCGCAGGCUGAGCGGUACGCCAGGCAGACGCUGCUGCCGCUCAUCUCCCAGUACACGCCGAGCUUCAUCGGUGGUGGCAGGGCUGAGAGGCCCAAGUACUUCCCGCCUUUAGGAAGCCUAUUCGGCGCCCGGGACGACGACGAGUCUGGCGAGUCCCAGCGUAAGAACGUCAACGACGCUCGCACCAAGUACUACUUCGAGUUCGAAGAGGAGCCCGUCAGCAGCACAACGCUACGCACCAAGUUCACCAGUGUUUCAACCUCGACAGUCAACAGCGUCGAGAAGAAGGACGAUUGGGUGCCUCUGACGGUGCAACCGCUUCAGGUGCAGCAACAGCAGGUUGGAGAAAGUCGGAAGGAAAAGUCCAUGGAAGGUGUAUGGCUGAACGAGGACGGAGCAACCUGGUCACCCCGUAGCAAUGAGAGCGACACAGCACCCGAGACCAAGAUCGACGACUGGGUACCGAUCACUCCGACCGGUUCCCCUAACCCCGAGUCGUCGGCCUCGUCCGUCGUCAUCGUCAACUCCACGUCGAUAUCCAACAACAGCAGCAGCUCCCCGAGCCAGGAGCAGGAUCGCAAGUUCAUCCCUCUGAUAGACUUUGCCGAUUCAUCGCCGAAACCCGAGGAUAGCGGCGCCGAGAAGAAGGCAAGAUCCAUCGUGUUCCCCUACGUCUACGAGAGGAAAAACGAUCCCAGGACUAGAUACAUUCCUCUGAUACCCGAGGAGGAUCUCGGCAUCGACGCUGCUCACAAGGAGAAGGAACGGUGAUGAGCACGUGCGCAGUGGUUACUAACCGAUUACACACAGCAAUCUGAUUCCUCGUGAAAAUUGUUAAGAUAUUCUUAUAAGCUGUUUUUUUAUUUUAGUCGUAUGAGCGAUAUUGCCUCUUGGUUAUUUAUUUUACGUUGUCUUUAUUUAACUUGCUUUUUUUGUUUCGAGGCAAAUCCCACGAUUGUUGUGCGUGUGAUAGGCUCUUCUGGAGAAAUCGGUAAAAUACUUUGCUUGUACAGGAGAAUUUGGUUUGCGGACUGAAGUGGUGGCGCUUUUUGUACUUGAACGAAAGUAAAAGAGUCUUGGCGGCAAAUGUCAUAUGUGAAUGCGAGCGAUUUUUCGUUUUUUACUAUUUAUGUGCUUUUGAAUUAUUCGCUUACAAUGUCUUCUCGUCGAGAUAAAACUUUUGCUUUCUCUCUUUGCACGAAAAGAUCGGGUUUUCAAUUUCAUGGUUGCAUCAAAAUUGCUUGAUUUUGCGCAUACGUUAGAACUAGAUGCUGAUUUCGAGGCUAUUGAAAAUAACCAGAUUAUUAGCCGAUACGACAAUUUUUUUGGCUAUUUUAGAAAUACAAUAGUCUCCGUAUCAAGCAUAGUGGUUCCUAUACAAUAGUGUUUCAUUUCAACAUUCAUUUCUACUCGUGAUCUCAAUUUCAUAAAAAAAAAACGCCAUUCGAAAAGGAAAUAUUAAAAAUUAAAAAAAAAUACUUCAUCACGACAUGCAGGAGAGAUAAUUUUUAUGUUGUAAAAAAAAACUUAUUAGAACUCAUUGGAAUAAUAAUCGACCUACUACAAACCGAUGUGUAAAUAAUUCAUAAAAAAUAAAAGCCUGGGCGCAGCGGCUUUACACUAAGGCUUUAAUGAAAACUUCGACUUUUGGUUUUCGUAAGAGUGAGCUCAUUUACAUUAUAUCUAAACUUGUAUAUAAAAUAUUUUACGAUACACAUCUAUGUAUUUAUAUAGCUACGACCAUAGUCUUCUAUCUUCAUUGCAUUCAUCUGUAUUACGAUACUUUUAGUGUUUAUUUACUUGUUAUUUCUGUCGCUUAUUAUUAAUUAAAAAUAAAAUUUGUCAUGUGCGAAUAGGAAAUAAGUUUAAAUUAAAUAUUGUAUUAAUAAAAAAUAGUUUUUAAGUAAAUUUGUAAAUUAUAAUUUUCUAAACGUACAAUCUAUAAAACUUUUUUACUGGAUUUAGUAUAUAUUUGGCAUCGAAGCUAAUACCGAUAUGUAUUUUUUUGGAAAACAAUAAAUUUGGCUAAAUCCAAUUGAAUAACCAAAAA